UGGUUUUAUUGUCGGUGAGUUGGAAUCGGAGCGCGGCAUUCUGCGUGAUAAAAUAACCAGACGAAGAGUUAUUGGCUUGUGUUUGAUAGUGGAUUCCGACCAAUCAACCUCACACGAUGUCGUUUUUCGCACGCCAGCCCAGCGUUCUAAUCCUUAGCGUUAUGGUACUAGGCGCCAUGAAUGCUCAGGUUACGCAACGAUCCGGAUUUGCGAAUCACCGGCUUUCGGACCAAUAUCGAAGACACAAAGCGCAGCACGAUCACCCUGCGCGUACAGUCGAUUUUAGCGUGCUCGAAGAAGCCAGGAGAACGCUAUCGAAUCUCAGCCCUGCAGCGAGACGCUUUCUCUUCAGUCCAACGAUACAGAACACGAUAACAAACUUAAAUAGCAAUACGAACACUCAGGGAAUUCCGACUUUCGGUGACAGCAUAGAGUCCGAUCAAAAAUCGCCGCAAAUACUGGGAUACGUCAAUCCUCACACGGGGGUCGUGGAAUAUGACCUCAGAGGACAUGUGAGGAAAAUUACCUUCUUAAUAGGAUAACGCAAAGCAGCCCGAAUUCGGAAGCGAAAAUUGACAGAUAAGCUAAUAAUCGGUUGACUGUACUCUCGUUACUGAAAUAAACGAAUAAAGAGCAUUGAA